CACGCGUGCGCACUGGGCGUCCUGUUGCUCGCUCUGUUUUUGUCUGGAAGCCUGACGUGAAUAGUGGCGUUAUCACUGCUAACGAUCAACUUAUUAAAAAAAAGAUGUUCGAGCAGACUUUUAAGAAUUUCACCAUCAACUUCAACUCGGUGAGCGAGCGCUUCACGGUGUCCAGUGGCGACAUUGUAACGGGGCAGCUCGGCUUUGACCUGACGAAGGACACCAGCAUCAACUCCAUAACCAUUAAGAUUGUUGGACAGGUCAACGUCCACUGGAGCUCCGGGAGCAGCAAAAACAGGAGGCAUUACUCCGCCAAGGUGGAGUACUUUAAACUCAAGAGCAACUUACUGCAGAACGGCGCUGUGUCGAGUGCUGCUGCAAAACUCCGCCCUGGUAGAUACGCGUAUCCCUUCACCUGCCACAUCCCCCAUGGGGAUUUCCCCUCAAGUUUUAAAGGAGCCUUUGGAGAAAUAAAGUACACCUUUAAGGUGAGCAUCAGCAGAAGCUGGCAUUUGGAUAAGGACUUUGCAACUGAUUUGGACUUUGUCAACCGCAUCAAUAUGAACCAGCCGGACCUGUGGUCUCCUAUGUCAGGUGCCAACAGCAAAACCUUGUGCUGCCUCUGGUGUGCCUCAGGACCGAUCACCAUGGAUGCCAGAUUAGAGAAGAAAGCAUUUGCACCAGGUGAGGUAGUGAAAAUAUUCUGUGAAUUUGGCAACGCAUCGUCUCGUGUGGUGACCCCGACAGUCAAGCUGCAGCAGAAGCAGAGCUUUUUCACACAUAACCGAGUAAGCAGCAGGCUGCAUUUCAGAACCUUGGCCUCAGAGACAGGGCAGCCCCUCAACCCUCACGGGUCUGCGGUCCACACGAUGCUCAUGUUGACCAUCCCUGCCGAUGCUUCACCCACUAUCUCCAACUGUAGCGUCCUGGUGGUGGACUACGUGAUUGAGUUGUCCCUCCGCAUGACAGCAUCAUCUAAUCUUGUGGUGAUCUUUCCCAUCAUCCUCUAUGAACCUCCUAUGAUGACCCUCCCGCCACCGUACUCGUGAGUGUGUCAGUGAUGGCCAUGAGAUGUGCCAGCUAGGUAAUAAGAAGUCGGAGCAUAAAUACGCCUUAUUAUUAGAGGAUCCUUGUAUUCUUGAAUGUUUACACAUAGUCACUUUGCUGCCUUUAGUAGUUGUUAUCGCACCUCUUUUCCGUCACAAUCCAAUUUAUCAGUGUUCCUGAGACGUUUGUGUCAUGAAAUGUAUCCUGAUGUUACUUGUGUUUUAAUUGGAGCUUUUCUUGCUCAGGGAUUGUUCAGGAAAAUUAUGUGAACGUUUAGCUUUCAUUCAUGUUUCUCAAUAUGCCUAUGAAUUUGUAUUUAAACAGCCGACUGACUGGGAGUCAAAAGUAGUUUGUUUGUUUGUUGGCUAUCUGAAUAACCAUGUGUCUUUUCUUGCCCUGGUUUCUGCCACGGAAGCUGCCUAACAUAUAACAAUGUGUCAAUCCUGCAACAUGUGCAGUGUUUUGUGGAAUUUACAAGUGCACUUUAUCUUUAAAAAAAAAUGAUGGGCUUGUCCACGGCAUCCAUCAUCUCUCGCACGGUGAAGCUGCAGUUGGCUUCAGCAACUCACCGCCUUUUAUUACCUGGCAGUGAUGAAUAAGCAUUUCAUAGCCAUCAGAAUGAGCCUCAUUGCCGGUAAUGAACCGCAAUGUUAGUCUUGUUCAUGAUAAGUAAACAACACAAAGCAGUGCCAAGUAGAUGUAGAGGCGAGUGGCACUUCUCUUAUGUUGUUAUUGAGGACAGAUAUGUGCAGUAGAUAUGUGAGUACAUUUGUUGCAGCAACAGCCAGACGUGUGAUGUAAAAAGCUCUUCCAACUUGGGUGAAGGAUGUCUACACUUCACACUGCAUGAAAAGGGGCAUUUCACAGAGUCUAUGGGAAUGGUUUAUGCCGUUCAACCCACAACAGAAGAAAGUUGGUGCAGCCUUGACCUUCAUAGGCUAAUGUAACGGUCAUGCUAUACACAUGUCAUUAUUACCAGUUGAAGAUUUUAUUUGAAUAGUUUAUUUAUCACCGCUUCUUUGGUUGCAUACUUUUAUUUUGAGACAGCACUAUUACUUCCUUCACACCGGAAAUAAACACAUCCUUUCAAAGACUUGACAAAGCGUCAUACUUGUAGCACACAGUUCUUGGGGUUGGACUGCAUUAAAAAUGAAUCUCCAUAAUAAGAGGUUUUAGAAUUCACCCCAAUAGUUGAUGAUCAAAUGUUUUUUAGUUCAUGGAUGUGCAGAGAUGAAUCAUUUCUGAUGUUCACUGAUCUCAGUUGGUCCACAUUCUUCUAUUACAUUAGCAGAAAUUUCAGGGUUCUUUUCUGUUUAGUUGCACCCAAGUGACUGAUUUUAUCCCAGUUAACUGCUGGUGUGAAGAAAAAAGAGGCAGAAAUGAUAUAAAAUGUUUUUCACUACACUCCUUUUCAACCUCAAUAAAAUAUAUGACAAAAUGAUGCCUUCACGGUCAUUAAUGUAUCAGAAGCAGUGUCUUAUAAUGCAAAGAAGUGUUAUAUACAUGUCCAAUAUCAUUACUGUGCGCAGAUUGGA